CUUUGACCAAGGUCUCUAGUUUAACGGCGCACGUGUGAACGAGCCCACCGACGGUUCCGUUCAGUUGGUACUCGGAAGUGAAACGUAGCGCAAUUGCCGAUGGUCCAUCCUUAUGCGUUUCUUUUCAACGUCCAGCGACGUUUCGCAGCACGUUCUCGCGGUUCUAACGCAGUGAUGCUCACCGUCAUGGGAUGUUCAUCGUCCGUUACGGUCGAGGAAUCGUCGACUCCACAUCCUCCGACACCGGUCGGCAGGAACGCACAAGGACAUUCAACGCUGGAACCAUCGCAUCCGGCGGAAACCAUGGCUCAAGCCUAUCGCCGGUUGGACGAAGAAAUUUGCGCAUUGGAAAGCACAACACCCGGACCGCGGCUGAUGACGGCUGAAGCGUGGGUGGACCUACUUCAGAGUGCUCGUAAACCCACGGAUACUUCCGGUUUGAACCGGAAACAACCCGUUGGUGCCCAAGCGAAUGGGAUCAUUCCCAAUGGAGUGCCCAUUGCAGGCGUUAAAAGACCAGAGACUAGCCAAUCUGAAGGCACGCGAAAGGAGAUGGUUAAGGUUCGUGAAAUUGUGCUCAAGCUUGACAUUUUGUCGGAUCAGUUCAAAGCCGCACAACAGGAGGAGUUUGUGGCGCGACUCUCACGCACGGCUAUGGAGCAGGAAGCGGAACAUUUUCGCGACGAGAUGAUUGCACACGCCCGGAAGCGUCCCAUUACGCUACGCACCGCAUUUGAGCGGUUGAAACGGUUGUACCACGAACAGGACCUUGUGCUGGCGCAGGUUUACAAUGGCGCGUAUGGUUCUCCAACCGAGCAGAAGCUGGAUGCGGAGCUUGAUUCGGCUCGAGACGUCCGAGACCGACUCGGAGGGGCCGUGGAGCAAUGGCGCAUCGCAGGUGGAUUGCUUAGAGCGGCCGCCAAGGGUCUACAUGAGGUCGUAGACUGCUGGGAGUUGAUACGACCCUCGAAGGACGCGGAGGAGACGAUCACACUGGCGCUGGAUGCACGCUCGACGUGCCAUGGGGCGUUGAUAGCACUCGAGGCAGCUCAGGCAGCACUUCCAUCGGUCGAGAUCCCGUACAUCACCAUCCGGCAGCAGUCAGCGGUCCGCCACGCGUUGAUCUACCUCCUCACAGACAUGGUACAUCCGGCCCGGUAUCAGCACACACGUGACGUGUUUGGGGUGUUCUGCACGAACGUGUCUAAGGCAGUACACUGGCUACACGAGUGCUACAAUGAAACGCUCAAGCAGGAUUACAGCAAUGCGGAUCAGGCUGCGACACUUUUGGCGAAAACUCUACGUGAAGAGCGGCUUCGAUAUGUGAUGAACAAACUGCCUAAUAAAAUCUACGUUCGACCCGCUAUUUGA